AAUAGAAAAGCAUAUAAUUUGAAAUUCCUUUUAAUUAAUGUAGAAUCAUGGUCUAAAAUAAGUGAAUUACCGCCGACUCUCCACCUUCACAAAUUUCAAUUUAAACUCGGAAUAUAAUGAUAAUAAUCAUAAUAAAUUUUUGUUUUUUUCCCUAAAAAAGGAGAAUUGCUUUCAUACUAUUUGUUUUCCAGUCAAAUAUAAAAAAGCACUCGAAGUCCCAAUUUUCUCACCACAGCUGUAUCAUUUCUCACAUUCAGACACUCCAACAUCGAUGCCGGUGGAGACGGCAGCGUUCACGGCGGUCGUCGCUCUCUUGAUCACGGCGGCGGCAUCUCAAACCCCUCCGACGGCUUAUUCUAAUCACACAGUCGGUGGCCCUGCAGGUUGGUUCUUCAACUCCACCGAGAACAUUUCCGCUACCAAUUACUCCUCCUGGGCCGCGUCUCAGACUUUCAACCUCGGCGACUUCCUGAUCUUCAGAACGAAUUCGAAUCAGACCGUGAUCCAGACCUACAACUUGACGACAUUCCAGAGCUGCUCCUUCGACGACGCCUCCGAUAACGACACGGUCCAGUACAAUGGCGGAGAUACCGACUUCAACAAGCCAUUGAUCAUUCAAGUGCCACUGACCAUCAAAGGUUCGAACUACUUCUUCUCCGACGCCAAUGACGGAGUUCAAUGUCAAGAAGGUAUGGCCUUCGAGAUCCAGGUCAAUACCGGGCUCGGUUUGCCGCCUAGCCUGAAUCAGCCGCCUCCACCUCCUUAUGCGACGCCGCCGGAUUCCAAUUCGGUUCAGAUGCCUCCAUUGAUGAUUCCUCAAACGAAGGACAACGGCAGCUCCAAAACCAUCGCUAACUCACGCCGAGAUUUCUUCUUCAUCGCGGUGAUGGUGUUGAUGCUACUCUGCUAGAUGACCGAGGUCAGAUUCGAGAACACAGGCUUCCCUCCCUGUCCUCUGUGUGGCAGUUUUGUAACAUAUAGAUAUAUAUAGAUAUAUACAUACAUAUAUAUAUACCUAAAC